AUGUCCUCACUUGACAUCAAUGAGCAACGUGCUCUUAUAAAGUCUGCUCACAGAUACAUCUCAGAGAAACUCGAGGAUCACUUCUCAUCCGAGUUUUUACCAAAGGCUCUUGUGAUUUGUGGAUCUGGUUUAAGUGGAAUCUCAACCAAGAUCGCUGAUGAACCAAAGCCAUUGAUUCUGUCUUAUUCGACCAUUCCUGGCUUCAAAGUCAGCACCGUACCUGGACAUAGUGGUGAGUUGAUCUUUGGCUACAUGAACGGUGCGCCUGUCGUCUUAAUGAAUGGCCGUUUGCAUUCUUAUGAGGGCCAUUCCUUAGCAGAAACAGUGCAUCCUAUCCGUGCAUUGCACUUGUUGGGGUCAAUCAAUGUCUUGAUCGUAACAAAUGCAGCCGGUGGUAUCAAUGCCUCCUUUAAGGCUGGGGAUUUAAUGUGUGUCUACGACCAUAUCAAUUUCCCAGGAUUAUGCGGGUUCCAUCCUCUAAGGGGAGCUAAUUUUGACGAAUUUGGGCCAAGAUUCUUGGCUACCAGUGAUGCUUAUGACUUGGAACUACGUAAGCUAUUGUUUUCAAAGAAAAAAGAGCUCAAUAUCGAAAGAAAGAUCCAUGAGGGUACCUACUCAUACGUUCAUGGUCCUACCUUCGAAAGCAGAGCUGAAUCACGUUUCUUGAGAUUGGCUGGUACAGAUGCUGUGGGAAUGAGUACUGUUCCUGAGGUUGUUACUGCUAGACAUUGUGGCUGGAGAGUACUUGCCUUAUCCUUAAUCACAAAUGAAUGUGUCGUUGAUCCUCCAGCCAGUGCUCAUGAUGAAAAUCCGGUACCAAUUCAAGAAGGAAAGGCUACACAUGAGGAAGUGCUCGAAAAUAGUGCCAAAGCAUCAAAAGAUGUUCAGGAAUUAAUCUUUUCCGUAGUUGCGGAGAUAUAA